AUGCCCAAGUCCAAGCGCCAGAAGCUGUACUCGCUGACGUCUGUGGCCAAGGGCGGCCGCGAGGCCAAGUCCCAGCUCAUUGAUACCAUCCGCGAGGCAGCGGGCAACUUCCCGCGGCUGCUGCUGGUGCAGGUGUGGAACAUGCGCAAUGCGUCGCUGAAGGAGCUCCGGAUGCGGUGGAAGCCCGACUCGCGGUUCUUCUUUGGCAAGCACGCCGUGAUGCGUGUGGCGCUCGGCCGGACGGCUGAGGAGGAGAUUGCCGAGGGCAUCUCCAAGGUUGCCAACGCUAUCCGGACCGGGACUGGCCUGCUCUUCACCGAGAAGAGCCUCAAGGAGGUGCAGGACCACUUUGACACCAUGCAGGAGGCGCACUACGCCCGUGCCGGCACAGAGGUCUACGACACGAUCACCAUCGAGGCCGGCCCGCUCACCCAGUUUGGCCACUCGCUCGAGCCGCGCCUCCGCCAGCUCGGCCUGCCCACCCGCCUCAACAAGGGUGUCAUCGAGCUCCUCGAGACCGUCGACCUCUGCGCCGCAGGCGAUGUCCUCUCCUCGGAGCAGGCCGCGCUCCUCCGCCUCUUUGACCACAAGCUCGCCCUCUUCCGCAUGCAGGUCGUCGGCGCAUGGGAGGCCGAGUCGGGCAAGUUUGUCGACAUCAGCCCCUCCCCGCCCCAGGCGUAUCUGUUCGGAUCGAGUGAGGCGGUGGCGGCGCAUGAGGCGGCGGUGGCGCUGCUCGAGUCUUCCGAGCACUCGUGGAUGGUGGACGACUCGCUGGUGGAUGCCGACGUGGCGACGGUGCGAGAGGAGACGCUGCGGCGGAUUGUGGCGGGGAACAAGCUGGUGAAGGAGCUUGGCGGCGUCGAGGCUGACGAGGGAGUGGCGAGGGCACUGGCUCGCUUGCUGCACAUUACCGACGGCGCCCUGUCGAUGCGGUGGGGCGUGCACAGCGUGCUCUUCGCCGAGGCUGUCCGCAUUCUGGCCUCGCCAGAGGUGGCGGGCGAACUGGCGGAAGCCAUAGCCGACAUGGAUGUCAUCGGCUGCUUUGCCAUGACCGAACUCGGAUGCUCGUCGUACCUUCGUGGCAUUGCCACGGUGGCGGUCUACCAUCCGGCUCAAGACGCCUUUGUCCUCCACACCCCGUCUCCGCUCGCCACCAAGGUAUGGAUCGGGAUGGCGGGACAGAGUGCGACGCACAGUGUGGUGCUUGCUCGCAUGGCAGUGGCCCAGCCUGGACGCAAGCUCGAGUGGCUGGGCCUGCAGUGGUUCCUCGUCCCCAUCCGCGACACGGUGACCGGCGCCCCGCUGCCCGGCGCCACCAUCGGCGACAUGGGUGCCAAGAUGGGCCGCCAUGGCCUGGACAACGGCACGCUCUCAUUUGAUGCGAUGGUUCUGCCGAGCAGCGCGCGGCUUGCCCGGUUUGCCAGCCUUGAGCGGAGCAAGGAUCCCGGUACACCGUCCGGUUGGGCCGUCCGCUUCUCGCCAUCGCCGCUGGCGCAGAUGGCGUAUGCUGUCCUCAUCACCGAGCGGGUGACGGCGGUGCGGUCAGCGUGUGACACUCUUGCCAUCGGCGCGACCAUUGCAGUCCGCUAUGGAUAUCUGCGGCAGCAGGGCCCGCCUUCCAUCGACAACAUUAUGGCGUACCCGUCGUACGCCGGACGGGCGCUAUCGCUGGUGGUUGACGCUCUCGCACUGCACGCCUCGGCGGCUCAGCUAGAGGCCGGUCUCGCGGCGCUAGACGCCAUCCGCGAAGCCGACGACAUGGCCAUGUACGCCAGCGGUGUGAGUCUCCUGCACACAUCGUCGGCGUGUCUCAAGGCGUACGGUGGGUGGCUGGCAAACGAUGGGCUCGAGACUGCGCGCCAAUGCCUCGGCGGGCAUGGCUACUCUGCUUACAACAACGUGUCGACGCUCAUCACUGACUGGGCCGUCUUUACCACUGGCGGUGGCGACAACACUGUCAUGGGCCUACAGACGGCGCGAUUUCUUGCCAAGCUCGCUCUCGACCGCGAUCGCGCUCCUGACCGGUUGGCAGACGCCCCGGAGGUCCUUGCCGCGCAAUACGCGUACCUGCUCAAGCCAGUGUGCCCGAAGCAGUUGGCCGACAUAGGUGAGCAUCUGAAGGCCGUUGCAGCUGAAGCGAUUGUGGCCGAUGGCUGCAUGCUGGUGGCCUGGGCGGCGCAGAUGCGGCUGGCACAACUGGCGGCGGCGCUGGCUCCCGUGGCACGCGACGAGUGGUGGGUGGAGUGCCAGAUGCCGGCACUGGAGGCGGCACGUGCGCACGCGCGGGCGGUCAUGACGAUGGCACUAGCCGAGUGGGUGGCAGCAGCACCAGCAGAUCUUGCACUUGUCCUUCACCGCUGCGGCGCGAUCUUUGCCAUUGACUCGAUGCUGAGCGUGUUGGCGCUAGCGGCCGAUGCCGGCGUGGUGUCCGGCGUCGAGGCUCUGCUCCAUCAAGCUCGGGGGCAGCUGGUAGCGGAUCUGGCCGACGAUGGGGCCGUGCUCGUAGAUGGCUUUGGGUUUCCGGACUUUACUAUCAAGUCGCCGCUGGCGUUUGCAAGCGGCGAUGAUGCAUAUGGCGCAUACCUGCGGCGGAUCGGCAAAGCAGCUGCCGUGCUUCCGUCGCGCGCCGAGUACUGGAGCCGGGUCAUGGCGUCCAAGUCGAAGCUCUGAUCAUGAGCUGCCCGAGUCCUGUGUCCGCGGAUCGGCGACGCGCAUGAAGGGGAAGGGCUUGCGCUUGUUGAGCGUGAUGUCAUCGUGGUAGAGCGCGUUGCGAGCGAGGAUGCCGGCGCCCAUGCACGCCGCGCCGGUAACGACCGCGAUGAGCGGGUACGCCUCGGCGACGUUCCAGGUCUUGAUGACUGAGCGAAGGGUGUUGGGAGCACGAGUAGCCAUGAUGAGCGAGUUGAUCGAGUGUGUUAAAGCUGCGGUAGAGCUGUUUGGGUGAUGUGGCG